AUGAAGAUCCUCCUAUCGCAUGGUUCAUACCGCACUGCAGAGGUGGCUUCUGCCCUGCAGAGCUGCAUUGCAGACUACAUCCAAUCGCCAGGCGGCCGACCUGGUUUUCGUAAUGUUGAGCAGGCAAGUUCCACGGCAAGGUCCCUUCUAGACGCCGCCAGGAGACUGACACCGGACUUUCACGACGUGUUUCAUCUCGUUGUGCUGACGGAACUUGAACUUGAACUGGAACAGGAACAGGAACAGGAACAGGAACAGGAACAGGAACAGGAACAGGAACAGGAACAGGAAUGCAUCCACCCUGGUGUCUAA